UCGUACAGAGCAAUCGAAUAAUUCCUCUUGUACUUCUUCUAUCUGCAGUAUCUGUCAAAAUUCCAUCGAGUUCGGUCGCGUGUUGAUGUGUCUCAACUCGAUAAGUGUUACUGGCCUGUCGUAGAUACCAGGAAAUCACUGAGAGCCGAAGGUGAGAUAGCGAGGGAGGAGGUGAGUUCCUUGGAGUCGAAGUUUAAAACCCGAAUCUGCAGAAUGAAUACCUUCCAACUCGGCGACAGCGGAAUGCCCCAUGACAAUCUGACGGCGGUGUUGUACAAAGCUCAAGAUAUGAGACUCGAGCAGAGGGAAAUACCCACUCCCGGAAAAGGAGAGGUGUUGAUCCAAAUCACCAGAGUAGGGAUCUGUGGGUCGGACGUCCACUAUUGGUGGAGAGGAAGGGCUGGACGAUUUGUGGUCGAAUCUCCCAUCGUCCUUGGCCACGAGUCCUCGGGAACCGUCGUCCAAUGCGGACCAGGAGUCCAGAACUUGAAGCCAGGUGAUCGCGUUGCCAUAGAGCCGGGAGUGCCUUGCAGGAGUUGCGAACUCUGUAGGACUGGGAGGUACAACAUCUGUCCUGAGGUGAAGUUCUGUGCCACCCCUCCGGUAGAUGGCACCCUGACCAGGUACUACGUCCAUCCUGCAGAUUUCUGUUUCAGGUUACCUGACCACGUAAGCGACGAGGAAGGAGCCUUGCUGGAGCCCUUGGCUGUUGCAGUGUACUCUUGCAGGAGGGCUGAAGUGUCCCUGGGAUCUCCCGUCCUGAUCCUAGGCGCUGGGCCCAUAGGGCUCGUUUCUCUCCUCGCUGCUAAAGCCUUGGGGGCAGGACCCAUCUGCAUCACAGACAUCAAUGGAGAUCGACUGAGUUUUGCCAAAGGUUUGGGUGCAGAUUACGCAGUCAAUGUAAAGGAUCUGACUCCUGAAGGAGUAGCUGCAAGAGUUCGAGAGGCGUUGCCUUCCCCUCCAACAUCAGUCAUUGAAUGUUCUGGGGCUGUCUCCUCUUACCAAGCAGGAAUUUUGGCAGCUGGACCAAGGGGAGUGAUGGUGACUGUUGGCAGAGGAAAUUAUGAAGUAUCUCUCCCGUUAACAACAGCUGCUGCAAAGGAGCUGGACAUUAGAGGAAUAUUCAGAUAUGCUAACUGUUAUGGAACAGCAUUAGCAUUGGUAGCUUCAGGUCAAGUGGAUCUUAGUUCUCUAGUGACUCACCACUUCUCCAUCAAUGAUGUCCAUCAAGCUUUCCAUACUGCUAAGGAUGGAAAGGCGAUUAAAGUUAUGAUCAAAAUUCACGGAUAACAUUACUGUCAGGUGACUGUAUUUUUUACAGUAAUUUGAAUUUGUUUAGUGGUAUGAAUUUCUAAUAACAGGUUUGUUUUGAGUACCUCCAUGACUGAAGAAAGAGUCUCAUUACAUAAGUGUCCUUCCUAGGAAGCAAAUAUGUUAUAGCAAAACUGCCUCAAAGGCAAGAUUUUAACAUUAGCCACCUUACUGGACUGGUUGGUUUCAAAACGUGUGCUUUUCCAGUUUACUGUUGAAUGUGAUGUAGAAGCUAAAUGCUGUUAGAGUGGAUUUUAAAUUACAAAGUUUAAAAAGCUUGCAUAACACAGGUAAAGUUACAAAUCAAAUAUUCAAAAUAAGGUAUUGAAACGAAGUAUAGAGCAGGAUCAAUAACACCCUUCAUGGUAAGAUUGGCUUUAUUUUUCUUAAAACGUCUCUUUUUCAACCGUACUUUU